AUGGAUCAGCAGCAGCAACAGCAGCAGUAUCCUCCCGGCCCUCCACGAAGGACUGGCACGUACGGCUCGCAACACGACGAAUUGCACAUGCCCCCCGCAGGCAUGGCUCAGUCCGGUCCCACCUCGCCGCGCGAAUACCCCUCCUCCGCCUCGGGGCCCCAGAUCAAGCUGGACCAGGCCUCGCCCAGCACUGCUUCCUACCACAGCUCAUCGUCUGUGCCUAACGUCUUGCAACCCGGCGGCAUGGGAAGCGGCUCGCGACCUUCGCCCAUGAGCGCCAACACUGCGCCCAAUCUCCCCACGCUACAGAGCCCCAGCCAGCAGUCCCAGCAGUCCGAGUACGCAGCACCGUCGAAACCACCGACCCUCAGCUUGUCGCACAGCUACUCUCGCUCUUCCCCUGCCGCGGGCUUCGACGGCUCGUCUAGCUUUUCGCCCUACACACCGACAACGCCUGGUGGCACGACGCCGUCGCAGUACAUGUCUCCCUCCGAUGGAAGAUACAACGCACCAGGGUCCCAGAGGGUCGUUUCGAACACCCCCCUGGGUCUGGCUGACAUCCGGCCCCGUGCGGAUUCGAGCAUGUCAGAUGGCGUUCCGGGCACUUCUGGCUACGACCUGGCGAACGCGCAGCCUGGUGCCAGCAACUACCUUGCGCCAUGGGCACUCUAUGCUUUUGAUUGGUGCAAGUGGACACCUCAAGGGAACAGCGCAGGCAAGCUGGCAGUUGGCAGCUACCUCGAGGACGGCCACAACUUUAUCCAAAUCCUUGACACCCAAGUGGUGCCCAGUCCAUCCGAUGGUCAGCAAUCGGGCGGCGCAAAGCACAGCCUAGAGUUCUCCAAGAUCGCCGAGGCCACACAUUCGUACCCCGUCACGCGACUACUCUGGGAGCCUCCUUCGUCGCAGAAGCAGUCUACCGACCUGCUUGCCACGUCAGGGGAUCACCUCCGGCUCUGGUCGCUGCCCUCCGAGUCGGCGCCCACGCAGCAGAGCAACUCGAUCAACAACAAGCGGGAAACGACCGCCACCAAAUUAACACCGCUCGCUCUCCUCUCCAACUCAAAAACCCCCGACCACACUGCGCCCCUGACAUCUCUGGACUGGAAUACCGUCUCCCCGAGCUUGAUCAUCACCUCCAGCAUUGAUACGACCUGCACCAUCUGGGAUAUUCCAUCGUUGACGGCCAAGACCCAGUUGAUUGCGCACGACAAGGAGGUCUACGACGUACGCUUCUGCGCCAAUAGUGUUGACGUGUUUGUUAGCUGCGGUCAAGACGGCAGCGUACGCAUGUUUGAUCUUCGCAGCCUCGAGCAUAGUACCAUCAUUUACGAGCCCACGUCCAAGGACGACCGAGACGCCAAUGGUGGAAGAAUCAGUCCUACUCUGGCCCAGCAGACCAUGACGAACCCUCCGCCCUUGAUGAGGCUUGCUACGUCGCCCCAUGAUACUCAUCUUCUCGCGACCUUUGCGCAAGACUCAAACAUCAUCCGCAUUUUGGACGUCCGACAGCCCGGUCAGGCUUUGCUAGAGCUCCGCGGUCACGGUGGCUCUGUCAACUGUGUAGAGUGGUCGCCCUUGAGAAGAGGCACGCUGGCCUCGGGAGCGGAUGACUGCCAGGUCCUGAUCUGGGACCUUCUUAACUCGACUGGAGCCAUGAACGGAGCUGGCCAGCCCGACAGCUACCGCAACCCAUCGGCAAGCUGGCAAUGUGACCACGAGAUUGGAAACCUAGGCUGGCCAGUUUCUCGCUAG